AUGUUCCAAGCAGCAGCACCUCCCAAAUCCCACCUCGGCCGCUAUCGCCUCCUGGCACCCACAGCCGGAGUGAAGGUGAGCCCAUUGUGCUUGGGAGCUAUGAAUUUCGGAGAAGGCUGGAAAGAGAGACUCGGCGAAUGCGACAAAGCGCAGUCCUUCAAAAUCCUCGACACUUAUUAUGAAAACGGCGGCAAUUUCAUCGACACAGCCAACGCCUACCAAAAUGGAGACUCUGAGACCUGGCUCGGCGAGUGGAUGGAAGCCCGUGGCGUGCGUGACGAGAUCGUCCUCGCUACUAAGUAUACCUCGCCGUAUCGCUUGUUCGACAAGUCUCAGAUCCAGGCGAACUAUGUGGGCAAUAAUGCGAAGAGUAUGAAGGUCUCAUUGGAAGCGAGUUUGAAGAAGUUGAAGACGGAUUACAUUGAUUUGCUAUAUGUCCACUGGUGGGACUUUAGUACCUCUAUCGAGGAGGUGAUGACCUCGCUCAACCAGCUAGUUACUGCAGGCAAGGUUCUAUAUCUUGGAGUCAGCGAUACACCCGCCUGGAUCGUCAGCCGCGCAAACCAAUACGCCCGAGACCACGGCCUCCGCCCCUUCUCCGUCUAUCAAGGCCAAUGGAACGCCGCCAAGCGCGAUUUCGAACGUGAGAUCAUCCCCAUGGCCGCCGCCGAAGGCAUGGGGCUAGUACCCUGGGGUGCCAUAGGCGGUGGCAGCUUCAAGACCGCCGCCCAACGCGAAGAGAUCACCAAAUCCGGUAACCCUGGACGACAGGUUGAGCCCCGGGAUGUGGAUAUCGCCGUUUCGAAGGUUCUGGAGAGUGUGGCUGCGCGACACAACACGGUUAUCACGAGCGUGGCGCUAGCAUACUUAAUGCAUAAGGCACCGUAUGUGACGCCGAUUGUGGGUGGGCGCAAGCCGGAGCAUUUGUUGGGAAAUAUUGAGGCGCUGGGACUGAGGUUGUCGGAGAAUGAUAUUGAGGAGAUUGAGGGGGCCUAUGACUUUGACUUGGGUUUCCCUAUGACGUUCCUUUUCAGGGGAGAGAAGACAGAGGCGCAUCCUGGGAACUCGGUGUUUAUGAACUAUGCUGCUAGGUUUGAUUAUCCUGAUUUGGUGAGACCUAUUGUGCCAGAGAAGGUUGAUGAAUAA